CAUAAUAUAAAUAAUUCCACCGACAACUCACAUUUCAUAGAAGCAUAUUAUAUCCUGUACUACUACUACUUUUCUCUAAGUCUUAACUUGUGUUUAUUAAAUACUUCAUUUCUCCCUCGUACGGCUACAAUUGAGUGUAGUAGGGAGUAGUAGUAUAUCUUUGCAACAACUCACUGCACGAAAUAUCAAUUAUGUUUAUUGUUGGUUCCAUCUGUUUUGCCUAGGAAUCGAGGUAAGAAGUUGUGGAGGGGAGAGUGAUAGUUAGAUAAUAGAUUCAUCAUGGUACUUCCAUCAAAGAAGUUCAGAGGCGUCAGGCAACGCCAGUGGGGCUCUUGGGUUUCAGAAAUUCGCCACCCUUUAUUGAAGAAGAGGGUGUGGUUAGGUACAUUUGAAACAGCAGAAGAAGCAGCAAGAGCAUACGAUCAAGCAGCCAUACUAAUGAAUGGUCAAAAUGCAAAAACAAAUUUUCCAAGAGAUCAAAUAAACCAUUCUUCAAGUACUAACAAUGGUUCAAAAUCUAAUAAUGCAAAUAACCAAGAAACAACACCUUUUAAUUCAACAUUAUCAGAGAUACUUAGUGCUAAACUCAAGAAAUAUUGCAAAGAUCCUUCUCCUUCACUCACUUGUCUUCGACUCGAUACCGAUAAUUCUCACAUUGGUGUAUGGCAAAAGAGAGCUGGAAGUUGUUCUAGCUCGAGCUGGGUAAUGAGGGUUGAACUUGGAAAAUCCGCAAUCGUAUCAAAGGAAAAUACUACCAAUAAUAAUACAAGUAUCUUGAUUGAUGAAGAAAGUUCACCAUUAUCAACUUCUUCUUCUAAUUCUUCAAGUUUAUUAGAAGCAGGAAGUGAAAUGAGUGAAGAAGAUAAAGCUGCGUUGCAAAUGAUAGAAGAGCUUCUUAAUUGGAACCCUCCUCCAACUUCAUUUACUUAAACUCAUAGUUAUCAUAAUAAUCAGUAAUUAACUAUGGAGUAAUGGCUAGGUUUAACGUAUUACGUACGUAUACUUCUAUACGUUUAUAAAUUAUAUCUAUACUUCUAUGUAGAAUCAUGCAUAUUAGAAUUUUCAUAAGAUCAUAUUGAUUAUGACUUAUGAGGUCAAUAUCAAGUUAGUAAUGGGAUAUUUAAUAUAUAUUGUAAUGUUAGUUUCAUAUUGUAUUAGUCUUGAAUAUGUACAUAUGAUAAAUUGAGUGAAUACAUAUAUAUAUUUCCUUUAA